CAGCGGGGUCCCCUGCUCGGCGGGACCAUGGGCGUCUUGGGGCGGCGGUCUUUGCGGUGGGCGCGGAGCCUGCGCGCGACGCGGGGAGCGAGGCUCCGGAGCCUGACUCCCGAUCCCGACUCCCGGCAGGCCAGCUCCGCCAAGAAGGCUCGGGUGGAGCAGAGCGAGCCAGGCUCACCGCUCAGCGCCGAGCAGCUCGUCCGCAUCCAGAGGAACAAGGCCGCGGCGCUGCUCAGACUCGCCGCCCGCAACGUGCCCGCCGGCCUCGGCGAGAGCUGGAAGCAGCAGCUGUGCGGGGAGUUCGGGAAGCCGUACUUCGUCAAGCUAAUGGGAUUUGUUGCUGAAGAAAGGAAACACCACAGGGUCUAUCCGCCCCCGGAGCAGGUGUUCACGUGGACCCAGAUGUGUGACAUCCGAGAUGUGAAGGUUGUCAUUCUGGGACAGGAUCCCUAUCAUGGACCUAAUCAAGCUCAUGGGCUCUGCUUCAGCGUCCAAAGACCAGUUCCACCCCCGCCCAGUUUGGAAAACAUUUUUAAAGAGCUGUCUACAGACAUCGAUGGUUUUGUUCAUCCUGGCCAUGGGGAUCUGUCAGGGUGGGCCCGUCAAGGUGUCCUCCUCCUCAAUGCCGUCCUCACUGUCCGCGCCCACCAAGCCAAUUCCCAUAAGGAGAGGGGCUGGGAGCAGUUCACGGAUGCGGUCGUGUCCUGGCUGAAUCAGAACCUGAGCGGCCUCGUCUUCCUCCUCUGGGGCUCUUAUGCUCAGAAGAAGGGCAGUGCCAUCGACAGGAAGCGUCACCACGUUCUGCAGACGGCUCACCCUUCCCCACUGUCAGUGUACAGAGGGUUCUUUGGAUGUAGACAUUUUUCUAAAGCCAAUGAACUGCUCCAGAAGUCUGGCAAGAAGCCCAUCGACUGGAAGGAGCUGUGACCCCACCCACCUGCCCAAGGGGCAGUGUCUGUCUGUCUGUCCGCGGCGGUGCUUUCAACUGCUGCUGCCGAAGCUUUUGCCAGUUAAGUUCUAAGUUCCUUGUGUGAGUGGAGAAAUGAAACGGAUCUCUAUAGAACCAUCAUGAGCCAACCAGGACACAGAAACUGCAGCUCUGUCAGGCAGAACCUCUUGCCUGGCACUAGGUUUGAGUUCUCCAGGACCGGCCAGGUGACUGUCAACACGCCUACUUCUCAGAGACCAGGGGACACACCCUCAUCCGGUGGGCCGCGCUGGGGUGGGAGGAGAGAUCUUCACCUUUUGCUCAGCAGUUUGGUGCCUGCUGCUGCCUGCUUUAUCCUUUAGAGUUAGAGAUUACAGUGUCCGUGUGUGUGCUUCAAAAGGCCCUUUUGUCUCGAAAGGAACCCUUGGGUGUUUGGUGAGUCCUGAGAAAUCUGGCUUACAAUUGAAUGUGCUUCCUGGUCACAAAGGGCGUGGGUUCUCACAGUGGCCACUCUCCAUCCUGUGUCUUGCCUUCGCAUUGGCAGGCUCUGAAGUUGAGCGAAGCAGGAAUGGGUUUGAUUUGUUUUUACGUGAGGGUGGGUGGGUUUUCCUGUGCCCGUGGAGCUCUUGUUGCCUCCUCGCUGCAGACAGCAGACUGGCGCACGUGGUGUGUGUGGUACUGGGGAUACAACUAGAAGGUGCUGUUUCUUACGGGCUGAGUUCACACAGAUUGUUUUUUGCAACACUGGAGAAUAUUAUUAUUUUACAAGGUAGGCAGGUACAGUUAUUUUUUCUAUUUUUUUUAUUUUUGAAAAACAAUCUUCACUGAGUUUACAAGCUGGAUUCCGUGGGUCCAGCCGGUUAGAGCUGUGGCCUGCCUGACUAGGAUAAUAAAAGUUGGUUGACACUU